CCCACAUACCUAUCGACCGGGGUUAUAGAACGGGACUUGUAUUGCAAAAACUCCUGAAUCGAGGGUUCUAGAACAACACAACAUCAUACUCUCUUUAGGUUUUUUCUGUCUAGAUCGAAGAGUGCGUCUCCUCUCUCUGCCAUUGUCCUCUGCCCUAAAGUUUCUGGUUGAAAUCAUUUGGCGAGGAUGAGUGUUGUGGGUUUCGACGUUGGUAAUGAGAGCUGCAUUGUUGCUGUUGCCCGCCAACGUGGGAUCGACGUCGUUCUGAAUGAUGAGUCGAAGCGAGAGACCCCUGCCAUCGUCUGCUUUGGUGAGAAGCAGCGGUUUAUCGGCACUGCAGGUGCUGCCUCAUCUCUUAUGAACAUCAAAAACUCGGUCUCUCAAAUCAAGCGACUCAUUGGCCGCCGUUUCUCUGACCCUGAACUGCAAAGAGAUCUUCAAGCCUUUGCAUUCUUGGUAACCGAAGGCCCUGAUGGCUUCCCCUUGAUCCAUGUUCGAUAUCUUGGCGAAUCUAAGCUUUUCACUCCUACCCAAGUCCUUGGAAUGAUCUUAUCAAACCUCAAGGGCAUCGCUGAAAAAAACCUCAAUGCAGCAGUUGUGGAUUGUUGUAUUGGUAUCCCUGUUUACUUCACUGAUCUUCAAAGGCGAGCUGUCUUGGAUGCAGCCACAAUUGCUGGACUUCACCCACUUAGACUAAUUCAUGAGACCACUGCCACUGCCCUUGCUUAUGGAAUUUACAAAACUGAUUUACCUGAAAAUGAUCAGUUAAAUGUGGCUUUUGUUGAUGUUGGUCAUGCAUGUAUGCAAGUCUGUGUGGUGGGGUUCAAGAAGGGGCAGCUUAAAAUUUUGGCCCAUGCCUUUGAUCGAUCAUUGGGUGGUCGUGAUUUUGAUGAGGUUUUGUUCAGGCAUUUCGCCACUAAGUUCAAGGUAGAGUAUAAUAUUGACGUGCUUGCAAAUGCUAGGGCAUGCCAGAGGCUUAGGGCAGCUUGUGAGAAGCUUAAGAAGGUUUUGAGUGCCAACCCCUUGGCGCCCCUUAACAUCGAGUGCCUCAUGGAUGAGAAAGAUGUGAAGGGGGUUAUUAAAAGAGAGGACUUUGAGCAGCUCAGUGUACCCAUAUUGGAGAGGGUAAAGAGGCCUCUGCAGAAAGCUUUAUUGGAUGCUGGGCUUGCAGUUGAAAACAUACACUCUGUGGAGGUUGUUGGGUCUGGUUCUCGAGUGCCUGCCAUUAUUAAGAUUUUGACUGAGUUCUUUGGGAAAGAGCCUAGGCGUACAAUGAAUGCUAGCGAGUGUGUUGCUCGAGGUGCUGCCCUUCAGUGCGCCAUUCUCAGUCCCACAUUUAAAGUGCGGGAAUUUCAGGUUCACGAGAGUUUCCCAUUUCCUAUUGCUUUGUCUUGGAAGGGCCCUGCCCCUGAUUCUCAGAAUGGGGCAACCGAUCAUCAACAGAGCACAAUUGUCUUCCCCAAGGGUAAUCCAAUACCUAGUGUGAAGGCUUUGACGUUUUACAGGUCAAGCACUUUUACAGUUGAUGUUGUCUAUGCGGAUGUUAGUGAGCUGCAAGCCCCUCCUUUGAUAAGUUCGUACACGAUUGGUCCUUUCCAAUCUGCAAAAGGAGAACGGGCUAAAGUGAAAGUGAAAGUUCGUCUGAAUUUGCAUGGCAUUGUCUCUGUUGAAUCUGCAACUUUGCUUGAAGAAGAGGAAGUGGAGGUUCCUGUAUCACCUGUAAAAGAGCCUGUGAAGGAAACAAAGGAAGCUACGAAAAUGGAGACUGAUGAUGUUCCAAGUGAAUCUGGACCCCCACCUAGUGAUGAAAACGAGGUAAAUAUGGCGGAUGCUAAACCUGCUGGUGAUGCCCCUGGAGGACCAGAAAAUGGCAUUCCAGAAUCUGGGGACAAACCUGUUCAGAUGGAGACUGAUGCAAAGCCUGAGGCUUCUAAGAAGAAGGUUAGGAAAAUAAAUGUGCCAGUUUCAGAGGUGGUGUAUGGAGCCAUGGUGACAGCUGAUCUUCAGAAGGUUAUUGAGAAGGAGUUUGAGAUGGCACUUCAGGAUAGAGUUAUGGAAGAAACCAAGGACAGGAAGAAUGCCGUGGAGGCAUAUGUCUAUGACAUGAGAAACAAGCUUUAUGAUAAGUAUCAAGAGUUCGUGACGGAGUCAGAAAGGGAGGCAUUCUCCCAGAAGUUGCAGGAGACAGAGGAUUGGUUGUACGAUGAGGGAGAGGAUGAGACUAAAGGUGUUUAUGUUGCCAAGUUGGAGGAGCUCAAGAAGCAAGGCGAUCCAAUUGAGGAGAGACACAGGGAAAAUACAGAACGAGGGCCUAUUGUGGAGCAGCUCAUUUAUUGCAUUAACAGCUAUAGAGAAGCAGCACUUUCAAAAGAUCCUAAAUUUGAUCACAUUGAUGGUGCAGAUAAGCAGAAGGUUGUGAAUGAGUGUACUGAGGCAGAAGCCUGGUUGAGAGAGAAAAAGCAGCAACAAGAUGCAUUGCCCAAGCAUGCAAAUCCUGUCCUCUUGUCUUCUGACUUGAAGAAGAAAGCUGAGACCUUAGACAGGUUCUGUAGACCUAUCAUGACAAAGCCAAAGCCUGUACCUGCCAAAUCGCCAGCUCCUGCUGAGAACCCACCCCCUCCUCCCCAUCCCACCGAAACCCAACAAGAGAGCGUGAACCCUAGUGAACAGGGGCCCGAGGCUGAGGGCCAAGCCCCACCCCCUGCCACUGAGCCCAUGGAAACUGACAAAUCUGAAACCGCCUUUCCUGAGUGAAAGCUCAAAACAAUCUCCCAAGGUAUGAAAAUAGUUGGGAAGUUCUGAAAAAGCAUGCUGCCUGUUCAGUUGUUAUUCAUUAGACAAGCCUCGUUUUUUUCCAGUAACCAUAUUUGGUAUGUAUUGUCUCUUGUUUAUUUUCUCUGUUAUCGGCAAAAGCAUUUUGGUUUGUAGCUGAGUGGGGCAAGGCAGUCUUGUGGGUGGUGUGUUUGAAAGGUUGGAGCCUCUGAACUUUUGGGGGGCUCCAUUUAUACAGGUAUCUCUAGGAAUCCGGUUUUCGAGGAUCAAGAGGUAGUAAGACUGUAAUGUUCUUUGCUUUGUUCAGCAUUCUCCUAGUGAUUUACGUUUAGAGAUAUUCUUAGUGGAGAUCGCUUCUGAUUUUUUUUUUUUUCUCUCUCCCUUUGCUUUCCUACAUACUUGUUCAAAAUCAAAUAUACGGCGAAGUGGAGAUGGCAUAUGUUAUAGCCUUCAUGAACCUAUUAACAAAAAAAAAAGACAAUUGUUUUAUGAACCAAGCCAAUAUUUAUACCUUGAACAAGUGGUCAUUCUUCA